CUUGGCUUUGGGUUCAAUUGUCAUGCUGAACCAAAAUGAAAAAAUAAAAAAGCAUUAAAGCGGAUUAAUAUUGGUCCCGAUACAAAAUUCAACAUAACAUAGCAUAUCUGGUAUGGAUCUUCGGUAGUGGCAUUGGAAAACGGUGAAGGGGGACAACUUAGGUAUCAUUUGCUUGUGGGAUUUGGGUGAUGGAUUUGGUACCCAAAUCCCAAGCAUAAUGGAAUUGGCACAAGUCCAUUAUUUGCUAAGGGACACAAAUCCGUGGACCUCACGGAUUUGCAAAUCCCACAUUUCAUUUGGGAUUUGAUAAUGGAAGGCAAAAUGUGAACAAAUCCAUCAUGAAUCUAUGACAAAAAUAAACUACACAAACAAUGUACUCUUCCAAAUCCAUAAUGCAGCAAAUCCAUUAUAAAUCCAAAGGUUUUGAAAACUCAAAACCCUCAUUUUCAAAUCCAACAAGCAAAUGAGCCUUAAGGAUUCCAUCGACAGUAUUUCUAGAAGGAUUGUGAAUUGGUGGGCGAUGGCUAGGAUUGAGUAGAGCAGAUCUGGUAUGAAUCUUUGGUACUAGUCGUGGCAAAUGAUAGAAGGGACAACUUACGAUUUCACCGAAAGUGCUUCGAGUUAGACUUCCAAUUGGUGGAAAAGGUGAUGAUUUGGGCAAAAGGCCUUAGAAGAAAACCUCUUUGAUAAUAAUUGCACCAAUGAACAAUAGCUGAAAACCUAAUGAACAAUAACUGCGAUGGAAAAUCCAAUGAACAAUGGAUGUAGACUCCUUGCAAUUCUAAGGCCAUUAGUUUGAGACAUGAUCAGAAGUUUGAGAAGAAGAGAAUUUUUUAUUUUAUGGAGAGAAGAUGAAUUUUCUUUGUGAUUAGAAGGCGAAUGAAAAAAUUUGAAGUAAUGAAGUAGAAGUGUACAAGUGUCGUGUAUUUAUUAAAAAAAUUGAAAAAGUGUUUUUGAAAGCUAAAAGAGCCAUUAGACCAUCUCCAUCCCCUUUCAUAUGCAAUUGCUAAAACUUAGUUGGCAUGUGUUUGGCAAUUGCUAAUUCAAUUGCAAGGAUGUGGAGCCAAUUGCUAAAUAAGCAAUUCCACUUGCAAUGCCACAGAGAAUUUUAUUUAACUUUUCUAUUUUAUCUUUAUAGUUUAUAAAGUUAAUUUAUUAUAAUGGAAGAAUUGUUUAUACAUACAUAUGUGUGUAGCCCCCACAAUAGAAAUGGCUAAAACCUUACAAGGACGUGGAUGACUUGAAAAAGUUAUUGCUUAAGUAGUUGAUAUGGCAGUGGAACCCAUAUAUGAAAUUGCUAAGUAAUUACAAGGAUGGAGAUGGUCUUCGAAAUAAUAGUGGGUUGCUGUAAAAGCGUUAGUGGGCUGCUGUAAAAGCGUUUGGGAAGAGUAGAGGAUUGAAACAUAAUUCUUGUUUUUAAUUAGGGUUAUAGGUAUAAUAUGCCCCUCUGCUAUGUAGUUUUAUCAAACACGCCCCUUUACUAUUUUUUACAUCAAACAUGUCCUUGUACUUUGGAAAAAUGAUUAAACAUGCCAUUCUGUUAAAAUUUCCAUUAAAAAAAUCGUCAAUCAUGGUUGAACCGAGAUGUAGACGACCCGACAUUGGUAAAUGAGAGGAAAAAUGUCAGUUUUGUCCCCCAUUUUAUUUUUUCAGGUCUCGUUAAAGUGAAAUUAUUAGAGGUAUUUGGCUCUACAAAAGAACCAAAAAAUUCUAAAGUGAAAUUACCAGGGAUAUUUUAGACAUUUGUGUCGCCCAAACCAAGGUACGACCGUGGUUGACUGUUUUUGGAUGAAAGUAUUAACAGAAGGCCAUGUUUGAUCAUUUUUUUAAAGUACAUGAGCAUGUUUGAUGUAAAAAAUAGUACAGGAACAUGUUUGAUAAAACGACAUAGUAGAGGGCAUAUUAUACCUAUAACCCUUUUAAUUAUUAACGAGAUAAUAACGAGAGACCGCCGCCCCCGUCCAUACCUUCACUCAACAGAUGGUGGUCUGGUCUCGGAAGUUGGGCUUUCUUUGGCCUUUUAUGAGUCAAAUUUAGCACCAGGGAUCCUCAUCUUUUUCUGAUCGUUGGCGUUAUAGCAACCCGAUUGAGAAAAAUAAUUUUACAGGGUCUUAUUUGUUAUCGUUCAAUAGUAUAGUGACUCUACCAGUAAUUAAUCCUUUCAAAUCAGAGAGAAAGAAGGAAAAGCAACUUUGCCACGUUGCAAAACUUUCCCCCUUCUUCCUGUACUUUCCCCCCUUCUCUCCUUCCAUUCAUACCACAAGAUGCGGACCGGGAAUCCAGAAUCAAUGCUGGCUGCUGGGGUUUCCGCUCUCCGCUCCGCCAUUAAACCCAAAACCGCGCUAAAUUAACUUAGCUCGCCGCCUCUUCUCUCAACAACGCCGCCAAACCCCACAAAAAAAAGAAGGAUGGAAGAAGGGCUCAAACCCGACGAGGCCCCUCUGCUCGGCGACCGCCACGAGCAACCGCCGCCGGGAACCGCUUCCACUCUACAAACUAUUGGGAACAUAAUCGUUUCCAUCGUCGGCACCGGAAUCCUAGGCCUCCCUUUCGCUCUCCGGGUCGCCGGCUGGCUUGCUGGAUCGUUCGCGAUCAUCGUUGCUGGGAUUUCUACUUACUACUGCAUGAUUCUCCUCGUCCAAUGCAGGGAUAAAAUGGCAACAGAGGAACCCACCACGGAAACAAGAACAUAUGGCGAUCUGGGUCAGAAAGCAUUGGGCAAAACAGGGCGAUACUUAACAGAAUCCUUGAUCUUGGUUUCGCAAUGCGGGGGAGCUGUUGCCUAUUUGCUCUUCAUCGGCCAGAAUCUUUCCUCGGUGUUCAAGUUCAAUGGCUUCACAACCUCCACGUUCAUAUUCAUGUUGGUCCCAAUCGAGAUCGCACUCUCCUGGAUCGGCUCACUAUCCGCUCUAGCUCCCUUCAGCAUUUUCGCCGAUGUGUGCAACCUCUUGGCAAUGGCGAUAGUGGUGAAAGAGGAUGUCCAAAAAGUUUUUGGUGGGGAUUUUAAGUUCAGUGACAGGCAAGCAAUCUCGCCUGGUCCUGGUGGCUUGCCGUUUGCUUUAGGAAUGGCGGUGUUCUGCUUUGAAGGGUUUGGUAUGACAUUGGCACUCGAGCAGUCGAUGAAGGAGAGGGGGAAAUUCCGCGGAGUUCUGGCCAAUGCUGUUGCUGGGAUAGCUUCACUGUAUAUCGUGUUUGGAUUCUUCGGUUACAUGGCUUAUGGUGAUGCAACUAGAGAUAUCAUCACUCUAAACUUGACCCAGAAUUGGUCCAACAUUGCUGUUCAGAUUGGAAUGUGCAUGGGACUGGUGUUCACCUUCCCGAUCAUGGUCCACCCCAUCAAUGAGAUCGUGGAGGGGAAGCUGAGAAACGCGAGAUGGUUCCAGAAGAUGGACAACGACGACGAUGAUGAUCAUCGCGGUGGCUACUUGGCAAGAUGGAUAGGCAGGUCAGGAAUGUACUUGUUCAGGGCAGUUCUGAUCGCGGCAUUGGCAUUCCUGGCGUCGUUCGUGCCAGGGUUCGGUGCGUUCUCGUCGAUCGUGGGGAGCAGCGUGUGCGCGUGCAUCUCGUUCGUGCUGCCGGCGCUGUUUCACUUGAGACUGCUGGGUCCGUCCCUGCCCCGUUGGAGGAAAGUUCUGGAUUGCUUCAUCAUGGUAUGUGGGUUCGCGUUCGCUGUUUAUGGCACUAUCAGCACCAUUAUGGGUGUCUGAGAAGUGAAAUUCUUUCUUUUAGGUGGAUUAGAUGUUUAGGUUCUGUGGGGAGAGGGUGUAGUUUCAAUACCCUAGCAAGCACUGCCAAGCCUAAAGAAUAACAAAUACGUUUAUCUUCAAUCAGCAGUUGAAGAAGGGUGUGGAGAAGCAGGCAGUGAUGGAAUGUUUUCGGGGAUAUAUGACCCAAAUUGUGCUGAGAACAGGGAGAAAAGAAAAAAAAAACAAACAGAUCUUUGACCUGCCUGACUGUGAAUUGGGUUUCUGUUGCUUGGGCUUUUGUUUAGUAGUCCAAAUGGCAGUCUUCAAUCUUUUUCAAAACUGUCAAAUGUGGCUUUUUCAAGAUGUUCGGUGAUCCAAUUGUCACAUUUUCGCACUUGGGGACUUUUUUUUUUUGUUUUGUUAUCUCAGAUGUUUCACCACGAGACAAUUGGACUCAAAUGUCUCAUUCAACUAGUUCGUGAAAGUUCACACAGCUCAUUAGAGGUGAAACGUGUUCGUGCAGAAUGGAGUUUAACUCAUCAUGAUGAGUUGUUUAUCAUGUGAGAUUGUCUUACGUCGAGGGGGUAAUGAAAUUGAAAAUGACAA